AUGAAUGAGGAUUUGAGAGUGGUGAAUAUCCACGACCGAGAUUUCCAGAAGUAUUCCGUCGACAACAGGAUAUACUGCGUUCCCAUUGACGAGCGCGAAGAGGAGCGGCUUGAGAGUCAACACGAUCUUCUCCUUAGGCUUAGUGGGAACAGACUGUUCUUUCCUAGGAUCGAAAAUCCUCGAAAAAUCCUUGAUUGCGGAUACGGAAGGGGUGAUUGGGCUGUGGCUAUUGCCGAAGAGUACGAGGACUGCCAGGUGACCGGCAUCGAUAUUUAUCCAGUGCUCAUAUCAGACCAGCCAGACAACUUGUACCUCUAUGGAUUCAAUCUCAACGACAGACUGAAUGACCCUGAAGUAUUCGAACGAAACGCAUACAACCUCAUCCACUCCCGAUUUGUUGCUCCUGGAAUCAAGAAGAACCGAUGGAGGUCAUAUAUACGGGACAUGAAAGCUCUUAUGCGACCAGGCGGUUGGCUUCAGAUGGCAGAAUACUACCUCAACAUUCAGUCGGGCAGUGGACGACUCUCCAGCAACUCGGCAUUGAGGCGGUGGUGGGAAGCCUAUUCGCGCGCAUUGGAGGACUCAAACAGAAACCCGCGGGUGGGACAGAAACUCCAGGAGUAUAUGACGGAAGCUGGACUCCGGGAUGUUGGAGGCACGGUGUUGCAUCUGCCUAUUGGCGCUUGGGACCCAGAUCCAACAAGAUCUGCAAUUGGGAGAGAUUGUGUUGGUAUGGUGUGCGAGCUCCUUGAUUCGCUUGCAAUUUGGCCAUUGACAGAAAAGUUGGGGUGGACCGCUGCCCAAGUGAAAAUACUGACGGAUGCAGCCCGCGUCGAGAUUCAGGACGUCAGCCUGAAGCUAUAUAUCCCAAUGUAA